UUCUUCAAAUGCAUUUCCAACGAGGCUGAAACUAAAAUCAACAAAAAAAUGGGCAAAAAUACGUUCAAGUUUCAAUCAUUCUCAAACCUCAUAGCGGGAAUCGACAUCCGGAAAAAAACUUUGUACAACAUCGAGCACAAAUACGAGACGAAAAACGAUGAAGCCUCCUUCUUUUGCGAUGCCAUGCAAAAGUGGCGAACACUCAAUUUGACCAACGAAUUUGUGCAAUUGGACAAAGAUUUGUCGCAGGUGCAAAAUUUAACACAAUUAAUCCAUCAAAAGGAGCGCGUUUGUGCAUAUCUCGUGGAUGUUUUUAACCGCACGACGGAAGAUUCGUUACAGGCCGUGUUGGAAAUUGUCACUGCUGUCGCUCGUGAUCUCUCGGAGGAUUUUUAUCCGUAUUUCAGCGACAUUUUUGCACAUUUGACGAGUCAUCUUCAAACGAAAAAUGCAGAAAAGCUUGAAUGGGUCCUCAAAUGCAUGGCAUUGCUCUUUAAAUUCCUCAAAAAGAGCAUUAAAAAGGAUUUUGCGGCAGUUUUUCAUAAAAUUCUGCCACUUUUGGCGUCAGAUGAACACAUUGUCAACUUCAUAGCUGAAUGUUUCGCCUUUGUAACUCGCGAAAUCGGCAAAUCUCGUGAUUUUUUGGUUUUUGUGCUGAGUUCCAUCGACGAAGAGCACAUUACGGGAUGCGGAAGACUCUUUUUCGAGAUGAUUCAUGGCGUGGCAAACACUUUUCACUUGGAAGCAAAGCCAAUUUUGACACUUUUGUACGAGUCGUUGUUCGACAAGUCCUUGAAACGGGAAGUUUUGUACAAAAUUCACGUGCAACUGAUGACAGACAUGCUCGAGUUGAUCGACAAAAAACACCUAAACAUCUUUUUGAGCGUUUUUUACGCAAAUUUGAAGAAAUCUUUUGACGUUUACGAGAACGACAAGAAAUCUUUGGAGUAUUUUCUGCUUUUGCUCGGGCAAUUAAUUGAAGGAGCAAAAAUUGACGUUCAACCGUUGGAGCAUGUCUUCAAAGUAUUCGAUUGCGAUGUUGACGACGAGAUUUUGGGAAUCAUUAGUAAACUCGCAUCCGCGAUAAUUUUAUCGAAAAACUCAAAUGUGACAGAUAUCGAGUGUAAUCGAUUAGCGAAAAAAGUGAUGAUGAUCAAAAAUACGGAAAUUGUGAAGGAAUUUGUGUUUGCAACGAUCGAUGCGACGCCUUUUGAUGUCAUCAUCAUGCCCGAAGUCAUUCGGUAUGUCGCCAAAAAUUGCAAUUCAGACAUGAUGGAAGCUCUUGCUAAAAUUUUCAUACAGAAAAAUUGCGUUCAAGCUGAUUUAGAAGCAGACUCAAAUUCGUACCUCUAUCCCAACGAAAUGAUCGCCAAAUCCAUAAAAUCUUCAAUUUCGGUAUCUUGCAAGGCGCGAAAUGUAACUGCCGAGACCCUUUCCGGGAUUUUAUGCCUUCCGCACGUCACUAAAUCGAUUGAUACUGCAACUUUAAAGGAUCUGAAGACAUUAACAACGCACAUUAACGAGAAAUUAUCCUCGGAUUUCACGAAAAAUGACUUAAUUUUGUUGCAAAUGCUUCACAGGACGAGAACCAAGCUGUCGGAUGACUCGUGUGUAGCUGAAUGUUCAUCAACGAUCACGAAAAUUGCAUCAUCUGUGACAAAUUUGACAAAUCUCAAUGCCUUGCAGCUAUUAAAUACGUGUUUGAAUGUCCUCAAAAGCGCUGAGGAUGACCAAAAAUUGGAUGAAGAGCUAAAAAAUUCAUUAAAAUCGAGUUUAAUUCGAAAUUUGGCGUCACACAAUUCGAACAUUCGACUUUUCACGAUCAAAUGUCUUUCGAACUUGGAUGAAAAUGAGGUUUAUGACGUCAUGCAAGAAGUAGAAGAGCGAAAUUUGGAUCCUUUUACUUACAAGGAACACCUAAUCUUGUACGAUCGGUUGAAAGUAGCUGCCUUGAAGGAAGAUGACAUCAAAUUAACUGUUCUGCAUUUCUUCUACGGGGUUUUGUGGAAGAAUUUUAAGCUCAUCUGGGAUCCCGUUAUCACCAAAAUUCAAGAAUUAAGUGAAGUUAUUCCAAUUUCGGCUUUUUGGGAGUCUUUCAAGGAACAACUUUGCUCUGUCGAACCUGAAAAUUCAACAGAAACGGAUGAAAAUGAAGAUUCUGAGGAUAUUUUCAGUGAAUUAUCGCGACAUUUCCAACAAACGAGCGAACCUUUUGAUCGAAUCUGUCAUCGGCAACUUUUGUGGAAAGCUCUUACUAAACUCGAAUGUUGCGACAUAAAAAAUCGCGAUAUUGUCGAAAUUUAUUUAAAAUUUCAUAAGGAUGAGUUUUUGUACGAACAUGACGACGAAGCCGAUGACGACGAGGAAGAAACGAAUGACAAGCCAAGUCAUUCGGCGAAACAAAAAUUAAUAAAAUCGCAUUUGGAAGUCUUUCAUGCGAUGAAAAAUUCGCCUCAGAUCUACAAAAAAGCCGAAGUUUGUGAGACUUUUAAAAAUUUAAUCACAUCGCGCGAGAAAGAAGUCUCCGUUUUGGCGUUAAAAUGCCUUUUGCAGUCAAAAUUCAACAAAAUUCUCACCGAAGACGCACGAAAUACGUUAAUUGAGCUCCUUGAAGGCAAAAUUCCGGAAGAAGUUACGAAAAUUAAUAAAAUUAUCCCGUUGGAACAUCACACGGAGCUAAUUGACAUCGUGAUGCGCAUCGUUCAUGCCCGACUUUUAACGCGCCCAAGCAAAACGGAUCGCAUGACAUAUCUCAUUCACAAACGAAAAGUCCUUGGAUUCCUAAAAAAUUUCUCCAAAACUGACGUGAACAAAUUUUUCCACAUUUCCUUCGACGCCGUUGACGAACUUCAACCCGACAGCAAGCGAAUCAACAAAAAAUUCCUGUCAGCGAAUUUGCAGUUACUGAAUUUAAUUUUAACCGAAUUGAGCGGAAAUGUCGACGACGAAGGCGUAAAAUUCCUGAUUCAACUUCUCGUGCGAAUAAUUUCCGUCACCAAAGGGCUCGAGUAUGAAGCGGAAAUCCGUGCGAAGGUCUUCGGGAACUUGUGUCUCGUUUUUGAGCAAUUUGUGGAAUUUAAGUUUACCGAAAAAAUCCUCGGGGAAGUUUUUGAUGUCUUUGUUUGGCCUUUUUUGAGCCAUUUUGAGAGUGAUUGCAAAGUAUCGGCGAGCGGAUUGAUGAAACUUUUCAUCGAAUGGAGCAAAAAUGCGAAAUAUUUCACGUUUUUGGAACGAAAACCGGAGUUGAAGACGAUAAAGACGCCAAUUUUUCACAUUAUUCAGCUGUUAAAGAGUGAAAAUACAGCAAAGGACAUCAAAAUUACGAUUUAUAAUUUACUUACGAGAAUUGUGGAGGAGAAUACAAGUGCUGCGGAGCCUACGGAACUGUUGAAACCGUAUCACGAGACAUUACUGAUGGCUAUGAAGGAUGAUGUCACACAUGGAGCGAUCGAAUUGGAUAAAUUAGACAUCAUGCCGUUGUUACAUGUGCUUCAGGAGGACAAAAAUAUCGAAGGUGUUAAUGAAUUAGUGGAAAUUUUCUUGAAUGUUCUGUAUCAUAAAAAAACCUCGAAGGACACGGAAAAAGUUCGUGCCAUCCUCGAUCUCAUCAGUAAUUCUGUGCAUAAAAUCACAAAUGUCAGUGAAUUUCUUCAAAAGUUGUCGCCGCUCUUUGAUUCUAUCGUUGAAAUUGAAAAUCGGAAGCUUUUAUGUAAAACAGCGAAAAAUUUACUCACCAAAAAUGACGCCCAACUCGCUUUAUGCAGCAUAAUCGAACAUUUUAACGCUUUGGAUCGUCGUUGGACCAACCAACCUGACUACAAUCGUCGUUACGAGGCAUUUUCCUUGAUCGACAAUUACGUGGCGCAUCACAAAUGGAGCACGGACUUCAUUUUUGUCAUUUUUCACAGUUGCAUGCACAUUCUAACGUACGACCAAGACAUCUUUUUGCGAAAUCAGACAACGAAAUAUCUCUUUUUGAUGUUCAAUGAGCUCGAUAAGGACUUGGAAGCAUCCCAAAUUGAGUUUUUGAUUAAUAAUUUGUUCCUGACGACGAUUUCGGCGAAACUUAAGGACCCAAAAUUGAAAUGCCGCACCGAAUGUAUCCAAUUGUUGGGAAUUUUGGUGUCAAAGUAUCCCGAAGCGAAUACUGUUUUGGAUGAUUUGAAGGUUUUGUCGAAUAAGAAGGAGACUGAGCACGAUUUCUUCGAGAAUGUCACGCAUUUGCAGGAAAAUAUGCAACACAAGGCAAUUAUGAAGUACAUUAAGAUGUUGCAAGGCGAUGGGAUUCAAUUUCAAAGUCAACUGACGUUGGUGAAUUUCGUUCUUCCGAUUUUGAGUUAUUACAUUUGCAACGAAGAGUAUCGGAAAAAGUCGAAAAUUGUUGAAGUAGCAACGAUGGCGAUUACGCAGACAGCUGGAGUGCUUGCUUGGAAGAAUUAUGAGGCAUUGCUGAAGUUUUAUUUGCAGAAAUUGCAGAAAGAAACUGUUUUCCGGAAGCAAAUGAUAAAUAUUUCUGUUGGGAUUUUGAAUUCUUUUCAUUUCAAGGAGGAGUGUAAGGCAAUUCCAAUGGAAAUCGACGACGAAUCACCUGAACAAGCUCCCAAAACUGACAGAAUCCUCAAAAGCAUCCUCAAGGACAUCCUUCCAUCUCUAAUGAAAAUCAUGAAUGCCCCUUCGGUAAAAGUCUCAACUCCCGGCUCGAGUGCCGACAAACGCGAACAAAAAUACAACGCGGAUCGCGAAAACGUUCUCAUUUUAUCGCUCGCCCAAGCCCUCAUCAAACUUCUGCAAAAACUCCCAAAAGAUCAUUUUGACCAACCAUUCACGAGUGUCGUCUACAAAGUUUCGUAUUACCUGAAAUCCACGUCGAAAGCAGUUCGCAUCAUCGCCAAAGACACUUUACGUAAAAUUUUGAUCGCUGUUGGUCCGAGUCACUUGGAAAAAAUCAUAAAUCACUUGUCGAGCUGUUUAACGCGCUCCAACGAAAUUCACGUGUUGACUGUGAACGUUAAUAGUUUAAUUGAAGCGAUUCGACCUUCCUUGAAACCCGCGCAUUUGGAGGCAGUUUUACAAGUUGUGCUCCAAAUCUGCUUGAAUGACAUCUUUAAACCGCAGGAUUCUUAUCGGAACGGCAUGAAACUCCAAAAUCGUCGAAAUGAAGCGAAACCCAGCAAAAAAAGUUUCUUAACUCUGGAAAUGUUGGCUGCCGGGAUAUCGGAAAAGUGUAUUUUAGACUUAAUUACUCCGAUAAAGGAAAAAUUAUCAAUUUGUCACUCGACAACGCAAGUUCAGAAAAUCCAAGAAUGCUUCAAUAAAAUCGUAAAUGGCUUGUGCAAAAAUGAAAACAUCGAAAAAGAAGCUUUAUUGACGUUGGCUUAUGGAAUUUUGUCCGAAAGCAUCGACGAACUCAAAAUUAACAAAGAAAAUCGGGAAGUCACCGACAAAAAUAUCAAUCGGAAAAAGUUAAAAGUGAACGGAGACUCACUUUUGAUCCCAUCAGAGCCCGGAAGGAAGGGAAGUGUCAACCAAAAAGUCGAUAAAUGGAAGGGAAAGUCAAAUGCAUCGCUUCUCCCCUUAUUUGGACUCCAAAUUUUGCAUACCUUGUUGAAGCAAAAACUCGUUGUUGGUGCCAAAUUUCGUGAAUACCUCGACUUACACAUCUCAAAUUUGCUGAAAUUCAUCGAAGAUGUCGAAGUUAAAGUCAAAAUCUCGGCGCUGAAGUGCAUGACGUGCAUCUGGAAGUUUCAGUACAAAUCGGAGACUUUGCUGCAAACGGAACCGAGCAUCGUAAAAAAUAUUUUCGAGAUCGUGCGAAAAUUUGUGGACCAAACCAUCGUUCGAAAAGACGAAAAUUUGCAAUUAAUUAAAAGUGCGUUCAAGGCGUUGAUUGUUUUCAUCAAAAAUGUUCGUCCCGGAGUUUUUGUGCCCACACAAAUCGAGCUGAUGUUGUCUUACGUGCAAAAUGAGAUGGAAAAUCCCAAUGAAAAUGCCAUGGCUUUCGCUCUGCUUCGUGCGAUCAUCGAAAAAAAGCUACAAUCGAAGACGAUCGCCAUUGUCGCGAAAAAAGUCGCCGAAUUAAGUAUUUAUUCGGAAUACGAAUGGGUCCGAAACGAGAGUAAACUCAUAAUUCAAGCUCACAUCAAAAAUUACCCAUCAAAGCUGAACGAAGACUUUUACAUUAAGCAUUAUAUCAAGCAUCAACGCAACGAACUCAAGUAUCUCCAACCGUCGGCACCGAUAAUGAUGAAAAGUAUCGUCACCCUCAUCCGGCAAGAUGUUCUCGAGAACCAUUGGGCGGCGAUUUUGGAGUGUCUCACGAAAUUUUUGAUCUACAAGGACUUGGAGCACGUCGAAAAUCAACUUCGAGACCCGAUAAAAGUCAUGUUUAACCGUUUCACGAACGAUCAACUCGAAAAUUUGCUCAAAUUGGUAACGGAUCAACUGGAUAGCGAUGAAAUCCCCAAUAAACGGGUCGGGGUGAAGCUCUGUGAUUGUCUUCUCGAGACCAAAAAAGAGUAUUUUUCGCAGAAAAUGUCAGAUUUGAUACCGAAAUUGAUGAUUUGUUUGAUGCCGCGGCUCGUAAAAGAUGUCCCCGGAAAAUUUGUGUUGCUAAAUCAUGGAGUUGAGACGAAAAAUAACGCAAAAAAAGACAAAGAGGAUGAUAAAACACGACAUUUGGUAGUAGAUACGCUCCGUUUUAGUCUCAGACUGUUGGAGGAAUUCCCUUUGAACGUAAAAAAUGCGGAUUCGAUGCAGUUGGCUACUUCAAUAAUUACUUCCCGAAGCAACUUUUUCGAAGAAAUGAGCGCUAAACGGGUGAAAUUGCUUUUUGUUCAAAUAUUGGAUCGAAUUUUGUCGCAAAUAUCACGAGAAAAACUCUUAGAAGCGUUAAAAGACAAUAAAUUAGUUGAUGGAGUACCUUUCGAGGAACCGCAAGAUGAAAUUCGAGACUUGACAGAAAAAAUUGUCGAAGAAAUUCAUUUCACAGAUUCGAACGAAGCCUUUAUGGAAAGUGUUAACAACGUGAUUUUAGCAAUAAUUGAACCUCUGGCGUCACUUUAUAAGCCAGACAUGACAAUGAGACAGCUGAAAACGUUCAGUUUCGUGUGGCUCAAUAAAAUUCUGAAGGAAAUGUUGAACAAAGCGACGGAAAAUAUGAAACAAGAGGAGUAUCAUUCGACUUUAUUGAAAACAAAAAUUUAUGAUUGUUUGGGAAAAAUUGUGGAAAAACUCUCGUGUGAGAAUAUUUUGGUACUUUAUAAGACUCUGAUUAUGUGUCAGUACAAAGACAUGACGGACGAAAGUCAUUCCGAAGUGAAGGAAUGUUCAAAUGUAGUUUGGCAGAAAAUUGUCAAAAAAUUCGAGAAUGAACCCGAAUUGUGGGCAAAAAUGCAGGAAAUUUACAGUCAUGCAAGACAAGCGAGCGAAAUGGAGCAGAGGAAGAAAAUGAGUAAAAGAAAAGCUUUUGAUAUCGGAGGGAAACCGAAGAAACCCAAAACGGUUUAAAAUUUAAUUAAAUUUUAAAAAUUUAAGUUUAAUUUCGAUUUAAUUUAGGAAAAAUACAAAUAUUGAUGAAAAAAUAUAAAAAUUAUUUUAUGAAAUUAUAAAAAAUGAGAUUUAUGAAUGAACUAAAAAAAUUAUGAAGAGGCUUCAAAUUUGGAAA